CUCGCAACCCAACAGACGUCAUGGCUCGCCUCACCGUCAGGCUUGUCCUGGCCAUUGCCUCCCUCUUGACCAUCCUUGCUCUUCUCAAUACCUACUCCGGCCGUCAGGUGCGGGGUGAAUGGCCUCUAGUGGGAAAGGCAGACUUCUCUGCCAGUGCGACGGAGAUUCCACCGCGGCCUUCAGCUGCUAUCGUGAUUCUUUGUCGCAACUCUGACAUCAACGGCAUCCUCCCUUCGCUGGACGAUCUCGAGCUCACCUUCAACGCACAUCCUCUGACAUCAUACACCUACGUCUUCCUCAACAAUCAUGAUUUCAACGUGCACUUUCGAGAGAAGAUCACUGCCUAUCUCACUACGGCUCGAGCACGCUUCGGCGGUCCAAGUGCGUCCCAACCUGACAUACGCUUCGGCCAAAUCCCGCCAGAGCACUGGGAUGUACCUGGCAACAUCAAUCUCGAGAAAAUGAAGACGGGUUGGAGCGACCUGAUCAAAGCCAAUAUCCCGUAUGCCGCCUCGCUCAGCUACAGGCAGAUGUGCCGCUUUCAGUCUGGAUUUUUCUUCCGGCACCCUUUGCUGCAAGACUUCAAGUACUAUUGGAGAGUGGAGCCAGAUGUCAAAUUCAGCUGCAACAUUGUGCCAUCUCAAGGAGCAGCUCCUACAAGCUGGGAUGCAAAGGCAGACGGGAUGGGAGACUUCUUCGACCCGUUCCGAUGGAUGGCGGCCAACAAGAAGAAGUACGCUUGGGUCCUGUCCUUGACAGAGUAUCCUGCCACUAUUCGCGACCUCUGGCUACACAGUCUACGCUUUUUCAAGGCUAAUACUCAGUAUCAGUCGCCAGGUCUCACUGCUCUGGACUUCGUCGCCUCCCGAAAUCGGGUAGGUCUGAGCUACAACCACUGCCACUUCUGGACCAAUUUCGAAAUCGCUGAUCUGGACUGGUACCGUUCCGAGGGAUACAUCAAGUUCUUUGAAGAGCUCGACAGGACGGGCAAAUUCUUCAAAUGGAGAUGGGGGGAUGCACCAGUCCACUCGAUUGCUGCUGCCUGGCUUCUGAGCAAGGAUGAAAUCCAUCAAUUCACCAAUAUCGGGUAUACCCAUGACCCCUUUACCGCCUGCCCGCGAGGCGAGCAAUACCUAUCCCGCUGCAAGUGUGAUCCGCAGACCGACUUCAAGUACGAUUCCGGGUCGAUGAGCUGCCAGAGGCAGUGGGAUCUUGUGGCUGGAACAGACUCAAAGGCGAAGAUCCUGGAGAUUAACAAUGAAAUGGGAUUCCCCGGACUCGCCGGCUUUGCUGUCUUGCAAAUCCCUGGUCGGCAACCAGUCACUGAGACAGAGGCGAAGGCGGAGCAGGCGACUCAGGCGGCCGGAAAAAUGGCUGUGUAAGCUGCCAUCGAGUCUUUUACAAAGUCUCUUCAGCAUCAGAAUCAUCAAGACCAUCAAGAUCAUUCAUCAUUAUUGGAACGCAUUGGAAAGUAAAGAACAUCUUGUCGUAUCGUUUGUACAUAGGUCUCUUGUUCAUAGAAAGAAUCGAACGCUCUUCAUGUC